AUGAAGGUUUUCUCUGUCACAGGUGGUAUCCUUCUUCUGGAAGCCUGGGAAGGCUGGAAUGACUUUCUGAGAGCUUGUUUCAGAGGACACAGACAAACAGUUCAGCGUCAUCUUUCCGAGGAGAAAGCUGUGCUUAGGUUUCAGAAGCGCAUGACUUUCUAUGUGGCAGCACAAGGACACCUGGACUUGGCCAGCUGGCUGAUCGACAGUGGGGUCAAAGCAGGAGAUCCUGUCGGCGUCAAUCCCUACCACACAUGGUGCUACCAGACGGCACUCAAGUGUCCCACACAUGCAGCGGUUGAGGCUGGACAACUGUUGAUCUUAAAACUGUUUGUUAGUAGCAGCAUUGCAAAUCUGGCCUGCUGCGAUCCCGAUGUCAGGAACCUCCUGCAAAUCACAAUUCAACAUCGAAACCAAGAGUGUGUCACCUAUUUAGUUUCACACCUAUCUUCAGAUCAAGACGUGGUUCAAGGCAAGGCUCGAGGCAAGGCUCAAGGGUCAAGGCAAGGCUCAAGCGAGACGACGCCACCCUCUGGAAAGAGAGCUUGCUCUUUCACCGAGAAGCCAUGGCUGCAGCAGCUAGCGCUAGCACAGACACUAGCCAGACACAGCGUCUAGAGAGAUGACCUGGAAACCUGCUCUGACAACCCUUACAAAACACAUUACACAAUGAAGGCAACUUGUCAAAAACAUGUUGUCCAGAUUCUGUCUCUAUGAAGUCUUUGGCUGUCCAGAAUGUAUUUUCAACACACAAAAAAAGAUAACACUUUAUUUUAAUAUAGUCCACUUUAGACAUUCUACUAACAGUAAGUAACUUUGCAACAGCAUGUCAACUAGCAGUCAUUAGAGUAUAAGUAGACUGUCUGCUUAAUAACUUCUAACACUUGAUGGAUCCACACCAAACAACAUACUGACUAUGCAAGUAUAUGUCAACUUAUUCUACU